AUGUAUUACAAUGAGUUUCCUGACGUCCGGUGGCUGGAAACGUGGCCUGCCAUUGAUGACUGUGAUGAUCACUUGGUGUCUGAUUUGCCUCAGUUGGUGUUUGAUUCCUCCUCCGAGUUGUCGAGCAGUCACAGCCCUGGUUUUGCAAAGCUGAACAGACGAGAUGGGGCAGGUGGAUGGUCCCCACUGGAAUCUAACAAACACCAGUGGCUGCAGAUAGAUCUCGGCGAGAGGACAGGAAUUACUGCUGUAGCAACUCAAGGUCGAUAUGGUAGUUCAGACUGGGUAAUAAGUUACCUGUUAAUGUUCAGUGAUACUGGAAGGAACUGGAAGCAGUAUCGUCAAGAAGACAGCAUUUGGGCUUUUACAGGGAACUCCAAUGCGGAUGGUGUUGUGCGACACAAGUUGCAGCAUUCUAUUAAAGCAAGACUCCUUCGUUUUGCUCCUCUUGCGUGGAAUCCGCAUGGGAGAAUAGGAAUGAGGGUUGAAGUCUAUGGCUGUUCGUACAAAUCUGAUGUAGCUGACUUUGACGGCAGAAGUUCCCUACUUUACAGAUUCAAUCAAAAGAGCAUGAGCACGGUCAAGGACAUCAUUUCUUUGAAGUUCAAAACGAUGCAAAGUGACGGAGUUAUGUUGCAUGGAGAAGGACAGAGGGGAGAUUGUAUCACAAUGGAGCUAAAGAAAGGCAAACUCUCACUGGAGAUCAAUUUAGGUAGCACAAAGUUGCAUUCCAUCAACGGCCAAACCUCAGUCACACUGGGGAGCCUGCUGGACGAUCAGCACUGGCACUCCGUUACAAUCGAACGCUACAACAAACAAGUGAACUUCACCGUGGAUAAGCACACGCAGCACUUUCGAACCAAAGGAGAGUUUGAUCAUCUGGAUAUUGAUUACGAGCUCAGUUUUGGAGGAAUCCCAGUUCCAGGCAAAUCGGUGAAUUUUUUGAGGAAGAACUUUCAUGGCUGCAUUGAAAAUCUCUAUUACAAUGGAGUGAAUAUUAUUGACUUGGCCAAGAGACAUAAACCUCAGAUACACGUUAUGGGUAAUGUAAGUUUCUCAUGUUCAGAGCCACAUAUUAUUCCAGUCACGUUCAUGGCUUCAAGCAGUUACUUGCUGCUGCCUGGCCCACCUCAAAUGGACGGACUGUCUGUCAGUUUCCAAUUCCGCACAUGGAACAAGGAUGGUCUGUUGCUGUACAAUGGACUUCGUGAAGCAUCUGGAGUUCUACUGAUUCAUCUCAGUGAUGGAAAGCUGAAAAUAACCAUUCUGAAACUGUCAAGGACCCAAACUGACAUUGCUACAGGUACACAGCUGAAUGAUGGGCAGUGGCAUUCCAUUCAUUUCAAUGCAAGGAGGAAUCAUGUCAGCAUCACACUGGACAAUGAUGCUGCCUCGACUGUUCAUUCAACUGUACAGAUUCAUUCAGGAAACAGUUAUUAUUUUGGAGGCUGCCCUGAAACUGUCAGAAACGCUGGAUGUUCCAAUCCCUAUGGUGCUUUUCAUGGCUGCAUGCGACUCAUCUUCAUAGACAAUCAGCCAGCAGAUCUCAUUCUGGUGCAACAGGGCUUACAGGGAAACUUCAGUGACCUUCAAAUAGACUUGUGCGGUAUUGUGGACAGAUGUUUGCCAAAUUACUGUGAGCACGGAGGAGAAUGCUCACAGUCCUGGAGUACCUUUUACUGUGACUGUGCAGGGACUGAAUAUAAAGGAGCCACCUGCCAUAACUCGGUGCAUGAACAGUCAUGUGAAGCUUACAAACACAAAGGGAAUACAUCAGGUUUCUUCUCCAUUGAUCCAGAUGGCAGUGGCCCAGUGGGAUCGCUCCUCGUGUACUGUAACAUGACAGAAGAUAAAACCUGGACUGUGAUUCAGCACAACAACACUGAGCUAACUAUAGUGCGAGGCUCUACUGCAGAAAAACCUCACCUCGUGCAUUUUAACUACAAUGCCAGCAUGGAACAGCUUCAAGCCAUGAUUAACAGUAUGGACUACUGUGAGCAGAAAGUGGCUUACCACUGCAAGAAGUCACGCCUUUUAAAUACGCCCGGUGGUGUACCAUUCACAUGGUGGAUCGGGAGGACGAACGAUAAACAAGCUUACUGGGGCGGUUCAUCACCAGGAGUUCAGAAAUGUGUCUGCGGAUUGGAGGGGAACUGCUUUGACACAAAUUACCACUGUAACUGUGAUGCUGAUAAUGAUAAAUGGACUAAUGACACAGGACAUCUUUCAUACAAAGAUCAUUUACCUGUAACACAGAUAACUAUUGGGGACACAGACAGAACGAACUCAGAAGCUGCCUAUAGACUCGGACCACUUCGUUGCUAUGGUGACAGGAAUUACUGGAACGCAGCAUCGUUCAACACUGAGUCCUCAUAUCUCCAUUUCCCCACAUUCCACGGUGAGCUCAGUGCGGACAUUUCAUUUUUCUUCAAAACGACUGCUUCCUCAGGGGUUUUCCUGGAGAAUCUCGGAAUUAAGGACUUCAUAAGGAUUGAGCUGAACUCUCCAAUGGAAGUGGUUCUCUCAUUUGAUGUGGGUAAUGGACCGUUUGAGGUGACUGUGAAAUCGCCUACGCAUUUGAACGACAAUCAGUGGCAUUAUGUUGAAGCAGAACGAAAUAUCAGAGAGGCAUCCCUUCAAGUGGAUCACCUGCCAAGAGAAGCUCAGGAGGCCCCCUCUGAUGGACACAUCCAGUUACAGCUCAGCAGUCAACUGUUUGUAGGCGGAACUGCCUCAAGACAGAAGGGAUUUCUCGGAUGCGUUCGCUCUUUACGGUUAAAUGGAGUCACCCUUGAUCUUGAAGAAAGAGCCAAAAUUACCCCUGGGGUGAAGCCAGGAUGCCUGGGACACUGCAGCAGUUACGGUAACCUGUGUCACAAUGGAGGGAGGUGUAUCGAGAAGUACAACGGCUACUCGUGCAACUGUAGUCGCUCUGCAUAUGAUGGACCGUUCUGUAAAAAAGAGAUUUCUGCCCUCUUUGAGCCUGGAACAUCACUGAUGUACACCUUAGAGAAAUCUUCCACCAUUGUCAGGAAUUUAAGUGACCCUUCAUCUGCUGUGCCCUCAGAUGUCACUCUCUUAAGGGAGAAUAUUGCAUUCAGUUUUCGAACUACACAUACACCAUCUAUGCUUCUUUAUAUCAGUUCUCUUAAUGAGGAAUAUUUGGCUGUGACUCUGUCAAAAAAUGGGAGCUUUCAAAUAAGGUACAAACUGGACGGUGAUAAAGAUCCUGUUUUCUUGAGCAUUGAUACCAGAAACUGGGCAAAUGGCCAGCUUCACAGUGUCAAGAUCAAUCGAGAAGGGAAGGACAUCUACAUUCAGAUUGACCAGUCUGCGACUGUGAAGUACAGCCUCCCCUCAGUUACAGAUCUCGAAUUCAACACCAUUAAAUCGCUCAUUCUGGGCAAGGUUAUGGACAGCGAUAAUCUAGAUAAAGACGUACUGAGGGCAAACACAGAAGGCUAUGUUGGCUGCCUCUCAUCGGUCCAAUUCAAUGGGAUUACUCCUCUGAAAGUUGCAUUGCAUCAUCCAGGUUCUCCCCUAGUCUCUGUAAAAGGACAUUUGGUUGAAUCAAACUGUGGAUCUUCCAUUGCGAGUGAAUCGAUUGCAGUCACCACAUCAUACUCUUUAACAGAUCAUUCUGGGGCAAUAGAUUUGGGGCAGCCAUUAAAAAAUUCAGUCAGAAGUGACUCAGCAGUCAUUGGAGGCGUGAUAGCGAUUGUGAUCUUCGUUGUCCUCUGUGUCAUUGCUGUAACGGGACGCUUGUUAUACAGACACAAAGGCACGUACCGCACCAACGAAACAAAGGGAGCAGAAUAUGCUGAGAAUGCCGAUACCACACUGAAGAACAAUGCCAAUUACCAGGACUCCGUUAGUGAAGGCAAGAAGGAAUAUUUCAUCUGA